AAAAAAAAAUAAAAAUCGAAAAAAUUGAAAAUUGAAAGUAAAAGAUGUCAAAAAUGCCAAAAUAUCGUAAUAAAAGCUCAAGUAACGGUGAAUUCAACGGCCUGAGUGUUUGAGUACCGUGAAAUCAAGCGUUUCCAGAAAAAAGCAACAACAACGAGUAAAAAAUGAAAGCAACAACAAAGCUAAAAAUAAAGAGCACUAACAGUUAUCCUAAAUCAUGAUGAAAUGAAAUCAAAACUACAACAUAGAUAUAACAACAACAACAACAACAACAAGCAAGAAAAAUCAGCUUAAAAUGGCUGACAUACACGAAGAACAAGAGCAAGAGCAACAGCAGCGGCAACAAAAUAAAAAUUGCAUUAAUCAUAAUUCGCAACAACAGCAACAACAACAACAAAAUGACAAACAAAUUAAUAUUAAUGCCAAUUUGCAUAAUUUCAGCUUAAUUAACAAUCAACUAAACAAUAGCCACAAUCACAACAACAACAACAAUAGUGGUGAUGUUAUCAACACCAACAACAACACCAAUAACAGUCACAAUAUGAGCGCAAGUGUUAGUAGUGUUUGCAAAACAAUAACAACAACAACAAAUAGCAAUAAUAUUCUAAAUAGCAAUGCAACAUUAAAUAUCAACAAUAGUGAUAGCACCAACAAAAACAACAGCAGCAAUAACAUGGAAAUGCCGCUGAGUAAAAGUAAUGCAAAUAAUAAUAAUGGCAAUAAUAGCAACAAUAAAAAUCAUAAUCAAAAUAAUUUGUGUAAUGUAAAUAGCAAUAGUAAUAGUAAUUGUAGUAAUAAUAAUAAUAAUAAUAACAACAACAACAACAGCAACAGUAGCGGCAAUUGCAGUGGCUCAUCGCUAAAAAGUGCAAGCAACGCAACAGCGAUGGCGUCACAAGCAACAACAACAAUCGCAACAACCAAUGUAAAUAACGCUGUAAAUAGCAAUAACAACAACAGUAGUGUUAAUACAAGUGGCGCUGGUAAUAUAUCACCAGUCAACAGCAUUGGCGCCGGCUCUACAAAUGCUGCCCUCACUACACUGAGCAACGCUGCCGCCGACACUAAUAAUAGCAAUAUUAACACAAUUAUCAGAAACAGCAGCACCAGCAACAACAGCAACAGUUCGUGUAGUAGUAGCAGUAGCGGCAGUACGACCAGCCUUUUGAUGCGUAAGCAAUUUAUCGCCUCGUCGAAUGCGAGUAAUGCAAGUUUCAGCUCCGCAUCGGUCGCUGGUUCAAUACAGGAUGACAUGAGCGAUCAGUGCAGCCUCACACAAGCCGGCCUCGAGGAGUACAACAUACGCGCCUCAUCCUAUUACGAUCAGCCAGCGAUGUUGUUCCAUCAUCAAAAGCAAUCGUCGUAUGCACAAUCGGAGGGGUAUCACAGUUAUGUCUCCAGUUCAGAUUCCAGCUCGGCCACACCAUUCCUGGACAGAUUACGUCAGGAAAGCGAAAUGCUGUCACGUCAAUCCUCCCACCAUUGGUCGCAGAACGACUUAUCCUCCGUGUCAUGCGCAUCGAUGGCGCCCUCGCCCACGCCUCUAUUGCUCUCCACUUUGAGUCGUGACGUCACACUUACAGGCAGCGGCAGCGGUAACAAUAGUAGCGGUAAUCAGCAACAGCACAAUAAUAGUUCGGAGAGUACUUCGUCGACUGAGACGCUCAAGUGGUUGGGUUCCAUGAGCGAUGUGUCGGAGGCCAGCCAUGCUACGGGUUAUUCAGCCAUCUCAGAAUCGGUUUCCUCGUCACAGCUGAUUGUGCAUAGUUCACGCGUCUUGACCCCGAAACGACAUCACAGCGAAAGCGUUCUAUAUCUGCAUGACGAACAACAGCAGCCAUCGCCGCAGCAGCACUCGCCAGGUUCUGCAUCUGCCUCGCAACAGAAUUCGCCUAACGCGCAAAUAUCCGCCACGAAACAAAUUAGUCCAACACUGUCUACGCGCGAAGGCGCACAUUCGCCAACGCGACUGAUGUUGCCUAACCAUCGGCACAGUCCAAGCUAUCCGCCUGUGCACGCUACUGCCGCCAUGCAUCCCUAUCAGCCACACCCACAAUACGCGUUGCGGCAGCAAUCACAAUCGCUGGCGCAUAAAUUACUCAGCGCUUCACCGCAAAUGGAGAGCGCACCCGCCGCAACAAGUUCCUUAAGCAAGUGCAGCAGCGCUGUUGACAGUUGCCCUCUAAACAGUUCAAGAGCGACGCCCCCGCUACCCUCAGUGCCAGCUGGGGAGCCGAAACCGGAAACAGCAACAGCGUCAGCACUAAACUCAAGCAUAUCUGUGAAUACAAUGCAAGCGCAUGAAACGGAGUUGCUCAGCGCGCCCGUCACGCAAACACCUGCCAUAACGCCUAAGGUUGCCAGCGUUAGCAGUGUAGCGAACGCCAUAGUUGAAGUAAUUGCGGUUGGCACUGCGGGCUCAAUGCAUUCGCCGGGUAGCACCAACUCUCAGCUCAACGCUUCUACAACUUCUUUGGCGUCCGCUGUAUCGGCAGCUGCCGCGCUGCCUACACAAUCUUAUCGCAGCAACCAUCGGCUCUUUCCUGUCAGCACCUACACCGAGAAAGUGCAUAGCAACACCUCGCAAUUUGUGUUACACCCGAAACCGCAGUAUAGCGCGGGCUUACAGAAGCCCAAACAGCAACAACAGCAGCAGCAGCAGACGCAGGCACAAAAGCAAGCGUUGCAGUUGCCGUUGUCCGCGGCGCAGGCAGCGAAAUUCAUGGUGUCAUCGCCUAGUAGUCCACCGCAGCCCAGCUGGCAGACCGUCGCCGAGCUAAUUAACGACUUCGAGCGCACCAAUAACGAGCCGCAGCCGCAGAAGUACACUUACAUGGAUCCGAGUAAGACGCACCGUGUAUCUAAUCCGGCGCUGAAGGCUUUUCAAAAAAAUGCAGUGCAGUCGUAUUUUGAACGGCAACAGCAGCAACAACAACAACAACAACAAAAUGCCAAAGAACAAGGACAGGCGCAGAAAAUCUAUCAGCCACUUAACGCGCAUUCCCAGCAGCAAUCACCGCAACUGCAACAACAACACUCGCCAUCACAAUCAUCCAUGCACCAAAUGGCAGCUGCUCCAGCCUCAGCGCAUCAACAGCUUUUACGUCCGCAUUCCUAUCAGUCCAACUUGAAAGAGGCCGCCAACGCUGCGCAACAACAACAAGUAAUGCGCAGUUCACUGCCAAACUCUUACAUUCUCCAGCAGUCUGCGUCUUCGCCACAGCAGCUACCCAUCCGCUUGAGUGACCCACCACCACCGCCGCCGCCUCAGAAGCCUACCAGCCUGAGCAACCUUAACAACGCAGCGCAAGGUGAACGCGCGUCUUUCGCCAUUGGCACAUCCAGCAGUUACAGUGCUUUACCUAAAGCGCCUUCACCUGCCCCACCACCACCGCCGCCUCGUUCACGCUCACUAAUGCCACACACGCUGUUGCGACGCUCUUCCUCCGCCUCGGACUAUGCAGAAUUUCGCGAUCAAUACACGCGCGCAACACAAGAGAAGCUCGUGGCGCAAUCUGUUAAGAAUAUUUCGAGUUCUGAGAAGUCCUCGUUCAACGAUUGUGGCAUGCCACCACCGCCGCCGCCACCACGGGGCGCUCGUCCAACUAAUAUAUUGCCAACACGUCGCACAUCUUCGGCCGCCGAGUACGCAGCUGCUAUGCGUGAGAAAGCUUUGUUGCAACAGGCGGCUGCGUUGGCACACCAACAACAUCAUCCGCAUCAGCACGCGCGCACGCCAAACUAUGCACAACAGUACUACAAUCCACCACAGCCGUUGGCGGCCAGCGCUAUAGAACCCGGCUGGGUACCUGAACGGCCGCCAAAGAAUCCCAAUCUACGCGUGCCUUCGCCCGAUUUGCCACCGUUACCACCCAGCGCGGACUUAGACACGCAACUAGCCGACGAACCGUUGCCACCGCCACCACCUGAAUUGCUACAACAACAACGUCAGCAAUACCAGCAACAACAGCAGCAGCAACAAAAACAACUCCAACAAUACUACGAUUUGAAUUCUUCACUGGGCCACAACAGCGAGCUGCUGCCUAAAGCUCCGUCACCAAAUCGUCGCAACAGUUUUGCCGGCUCAUCAACGCGCAAGCCCUCCACAUACUUCAGUCGGUCGGGCUCUGAAAUGAUGUCCGCCACCAAAGUGCCACCGCUCAUACCGAAAAAACCGAGCAACAUUGAGACAUUGCAUGCGGUGCGACAACAUCAGCAGCAGCAACAACAACAACAACAACAACAUGCGCAACAGCUUACGGCUAAAUUAUUGCUGAAUGGUGGCUUGCCACAGCCACAACAACAUUCGCCACCAGCGCCGCCACCGCAAACACUGUCUGCCAUUGGUAGCGCGUCUCGUGAAGCCAAGCUGUCAACUAACCGCAAGCGACCGCAUAAUCCCGCGGUGAGCGGCUUUAAUGUACCGCCGCCGAUCUUGGAAAAUGUGCCGCAGCUCCAACAACACCAACAGCAGUCACAACAUUCACCUCAAACAGUACCCAGCAGUAAAUCGCCGCCGAACACAAAUGUCACAAUGAAGACCUCACCGCCGCCGCCGCCCUUGUUGCCGCGUUGCAUGCCGAAUCAGACGUUAGUGGGAAGCAACAACCAUAACAACAAAACAAGAUGCAAUUCGAAGGCCUCAUAUUUACCCCGUCAGAGUCUUGAGAAGCUCAACAACUUAGAUCCGGAUCAUGGCAGUUAUAAGCUCACGCUUACCUCAAACGAGGAUUUGGUGGCGAAUACGAAACCCACCGCCUACGAUAUACUCGGCACACAUAAUGGUAAACUGCCCAAUAAUUUGCCAGAUGUUCUGCCUUUGGGUGCAAAAUUGCAACCACAGCCAGCAUCUCCCACAUCCGCCAAUGCUUCGCCACUUCGUUAUGGUUCCAACAAUAGCUUGAAUAUCUCAACUAUGUCUGCACCGGCACAACAGCAGCAACCACAGCAGCAACAACAGCAGUCGAUGUCACCCAGCUGCUAUCCCGCAUAUCCGCCUACACAGCAUCGCUACUCCACACCCGCUAUGAACUCAUACAAUAGCACCGUUGGCAACAACGCGGGCAAAGCAACUCAUUACAGUCGAUCUCAAUCGUAUGAUGUACAUACUAACUCGCAUAGUGGUAGCCCAUAUCAUCCCAGUCACAUUAGCAAUAGUCCUACGAAAUUCAUGUCUCAAUCUACGUUAGAUUUGAAGCGCACACCUCAGCUGGAACCGACACCCGAAGAGACCACAGCAGCGUUGAAUAGCGAAAGUGGCACUAUAUUGUCGCCCGCGCAAUCGGAGAGUAGCCUCAGUAGUCCGUGUAGGCGUCAAAUGCAGCCGCUAUCCAUGAAACCACUUUCGAGUCUUGGUAACUCCAGUGACAGUGGCAGUGGCAGUGGCAGCACUAGCGGCAGUGAAGGACGCAUUUUCCGCGCUGAGCUGGUAACAGCUACACUCUCAACAUCUCCCAUCGCACCCGUUAAAUCGGUUAUACGCAAGGACUCGUUGCGCGAGAAUAUCGAGAAGAUAACGCAAUUACAGUCAAAACUAAUGUCAGCACAUCUGUCCGAAGCUAACUCCUUAGGUAUUUAUGGUUCGAAAACGGCACUCAACACGACAACGUCAUCUAUGCCAGCAACACCCACAACAACAUUAGACAACACAGCCUUACAAUUGAAUGAAAGUACCGUGAAGCAAACUAAUGAUGUCUCGGUUGAACAGUUGCAAGAGGAAACGCAUAAAGAUGCAAAUUCCUCUGCAGAAACCGUUGAUUGCUGUAAGGAGAUAAAUAGCACAACAGUGGGCAGCGGCGUGCAGCCUGCUAAUUCGGCUACACAUACAACAACGACGUCGCCAAUAGCAGACUCAUUGCUACCUCAACCGGCCACUACUGGCGCCAGCACAAAUACAACAAAUGAGGAUCUCAUAGCAACACCAAACCCCACACAGAUGACUUCGAGCACCGAAAGCUUAAAGCUAAUGCAACGCAGUGAAAUCAUACUACGUGUGAACCCGGCCACAACAGAGGCAGCUUCACAAACCGACGACGAUCUUGCCGCUGUAACCAAUGAUGCUGACGAGCAGACACGACUCACCGAGCAAUCGUCGACCAAAGACGAUGCACAGCAGCAACGCGUCACCUUACAACCACGACAGAGACAUCCCAUAGAAGUCGACUGUGAGGAAAUGUCACAGGAGCUGGCUACACUCUUAUCGUCAAACGAAAAAUUGGUGCAAAUCUUGGCGCCACCCUCACACAAAUCACCCACAGACUAUGUUAGUAAUCUGUAUAACCCAGAUGUGCCAUUGCGACCGGCCAAACGUGAUGUAGGGACUUCAACGCUGCUACGCAUGAAAGGACAUGAUGCACAGGAGAAGGUCACAGUAGAAUUGCAAUAUGCCGAAGUGGAAGUACUAUUGACCAACGGUGAUAAUGAAUCAGAAUCGAGCGAUUUGCUGAAGAAAAAAGUGGAUGAACUUAUGAAACAGUUAAAUCGUAAAAUACGUGUACUUAACAAGGAACAAACGACGCUCAAAGCGGAAGCUGAACUCAACGAUGAGUUGGGCAAUAGUUUAGUUAGCAAGUUAACGGAUAAAGUCCGUCCCAUAGAAGCCACUAAAUGUCGCACUUAUAUAGAUGACGUCGGCCAAAUUACCAGCCUUCUGCUUUCCCUCUCCGAACGAUUGGCUCGCAUAGAAAACAGUUUGAGUGGCGUUUCAGCGGAAAAUAGCGCCGAAAAGAAAUCGCUUGAAUUGAAACGUGAUCGUCUGCUCGAUCAGUUAGCCGAAGCGAAACGCCUUAAGGAGGACAUUGAACGACGCGGUAGCAGCGUUGUGUGCAUUGUCGAGAAGACACUCAGCGCCGAUGAGUUUGCCGACUUUGAUUAUUUCAUCAAUAUGAAGGCGAAAUUGAUAGCGGAUACCCGUGAUGUUGCGGACAAGAUCAAAUGUGGAGAAGAGCAGCUCAAUGCGCUUAGUGAAGCGCUAAUACAAAGUGAUUGUUAAACAGAUUGAAAUCUGCGCAAAUGAAGCAAGUUAUGCUGAAGAAAAAGAGGGAUUUCGUAAUAAGAUUUGUUUGUGGUUGUUGAAGUAGAGAAAUGAUCGAGAAUAGCGCAACUGCAGCUCAGGUCCUAUCGUAAUGAUUUUUUUUUUUAAUUAGCUGUGUAUGUGUUCGAAUAAAUUAAAGGACACAUAUAUGUAAAUAUGUAUGUAAUGAGUAGGUUAUGAUAGCUGAGUAAGCGGAUUUUCCAUGCCUUCAACACCAACAAGUUGAGAGCUUAGUGUGAGAAUCGAAAAAAAAAAUGAAGGACCAUCGACGAGCGCAAUUGAACUGAGUCGGCUUUCAUCGAAGUCUUUUGAUCAUUGGAGAGGAAAUUUAACAGAAAACCCUAACAAAUUUUGUACACUGUCGUAAAGUCGAUAAAUUUGAAGAAAUCUUCACUAAAUAUGCCUUAAACAGGGUGCUACGCUUUAAAUGAAAUGUGAACAAAAAAGUUUGUGAGAAAUAGCUGCUGAGAAAAGUUAAUUAGUUGUUGCAUUCGGAUGCAGUGGUGGAAAUAGCGCGAAGCCAAUUGGCAUGCUUUUGCAGUAAAAACUGAGACCUAGAAAGGCAUUAAUGCGAUUAUGUCUCAUUGCAGUAACUAUUUAAAUUUCAAUUACUAUAAUUUAUAGAAAUAAUAAUUAUGCAUGCACACACACACACACACACACACUUAAUUGUAUAAUAUGUGAUUUAAAAAUACGACUUUAUGUUUAUUAGUCUUUAUUAUUAUGGGAAAUUUGUAGAAAGCAACAAAUGCAAAAACUCAAACAUAUGUACAUUUAUAAAUUACGCAAGCGCAGGAAGUCACAACUGAAAGCCAUCUUGCUUGCACGCUUCCUUACCUCUACAUUAAUAUGACGUUGAAUGAAUGCGUUUGAAUAUGUAUAGGAAACACUUGUAAUUUAAACUUAAGAGAUUGUAACAUUUGCAUUAUAAAUAAAUGAGAACAUACUGGAAUAUUAAAAAA